CCCCUCAGCCUGCCCUCAUCAUGGCCGCCCCCCCGCCUUCCCUCAGCAUCGGCACCGCCCCUCAGCCUUCCCCCGUCAUGGCGGCUCCUUCACCACCUCCCCUCAGCCUGCCCUCAUCAUGGCCGCCCCCCCGCCUUCCCUCAGCAUCGGCGCCGCCCCUCAGCCGUCCCGCGCGGGCUCUUCCCGCCCGGCGCAGCCGCGGAGCGGGGCGGGAAGGACGGUGGGGCGUCGGUCGUGGUCCCGGCGGGGCGGGAUGGCGCUGCCGCAGCAGUGCGAGGCCGCGUUCGGCACCGCGGACCUGUACGGCGUGCUGGGCGUGCGGCGCGGCGCGUCCGCGCAGGAGAUCCGCCGCGGCUACCACCGCGCCUCGCUGCGCCUGCACCCCGACCGCGUCCCGGCCGAGCAGAAGGAGGAGGCCACGCGCCGCUUCCAGAUCCUGGGUAAGGUGUACGCCGUGCUGAGCGACGAGAAGCAGCGCGCAGCGUACGAUGAGACGGGCAUGGUGGACGAGGACGCCGAGGCGCUGCAGGACGGCCGAGACUGGCUGGAGUAUUGGCAGCUGCUCUUCAAGGUCACCGUGAAAGACAUCGAAAACUUCCAGAACAGCUACAAAAACUCGGAGGAAGAGCUGGCCGAUGUGAAGGCAGCGUACAUGAAUUUCAAGGGUGACAUGGAUCGGAUCAUGGAGUCUGUGAUGUGCGUGGACUACACGGAUGAGCCCAGGAUACGGGAAAUGAUCGAGCAAGCCAUCGACUCUGGGGAGCUCCCGUCCUACAAGGCUUUUGUAAAGGAGUCAAAGAAGAAGAUGAUGUCCAGAAGAAGGCGGGCAGAAAAAGAAGCUAAAGAGGCAGAAAAGACUAAAGAUGAACUGGGCCUUAGUGGAGAAAAUGACUUGCAAGCGCUGAUUAAAAGCCGAAGCAAAGAGCGAGAAAAGGAAAUGGAUGACUUCUUUGCCCAUCUGGAAGCAAAGUAUGGGAGCAGUUCUAAGAAAGGAGGAAAGAAGACCUCAGCCAAGAAAAGAAAGGCAGAAGGAACAGCGUAGACUGAAAUACCAGUCAAAUAAAUCCUGCACACUUCCAGGGAGGAUCAUUUUUCAAAGGCAUAGGAGUCUCAAGGUGAACGCUUUGGGAGUUGAAGGCCCUGACAGCUUCAACAACAGCUCCUGGGGGGAAGCCAGAAGUAGAUGGUCCCUCUGUUCCCUUUUACUUGUCUGCUCUCAAAAAUAACCCUGAUUCUGAGAAAGCAGAGGAUAUAAUUGUGGUUUAUAACACAGGGCUUGAAGGUUACUUUUAUUACACAAAAUAAAUAACAGUCCAGGAACAGUCUCUGGUGCCAGCCAUCUGUACAAAAAAACCAGAAAUGGCCAUAGGAGGCAACUGCAUUUUUUAAACCCACUGACUCCUCUAGGCUGUAAAACACUACAUCUUGUUAACAGAAGUCUAUUCAAGUUUGUCUGCUUUUGUAACUCUUGUGCUACAGAAAACUCACUUGGUCCCUGAGGAAUGGCACGGAUACAAAUGGGAUGCUUAUCUGCACUUCGCCUGACAUAACUGACACACUGCACAGUGUUCCAGAAGAGAAACUAUUUUGAAAUGUUUUAGUGAGUAGAGGCCUCUGGUGAGCAUCAGCUUCCCUCUCUGAAAACUUAAGAUUGAGCUCAGAGCUGCUUUUUUAUUUUUAACUUCUGGAAAUGCAAAGGCAUGUUAACCCAGUUAUGUUUGCACAGUUCCUUGUUUUUGAUUAAAGCAUGUUUGGAUCAACUGGA